CUCCAUCCCUCCUCAUCCCUCCCUCCGCCCUGCGUGCGCGGCCGGGAGCCGGAGCCGCCGGUGCCCAGCGCCCCCCCCGCCGCCUGCAGCAGCGCAGCCGCCCCCGCCGGCCCCCGGAGCCUCCGCUGGGCCGCCAGAGCGGGAGGAACCAGGGCGCUGGGAUGAGGCCGCAGCCCUGAGCACGGACCCAUCCGGGAGCUCCUGCGCCGAGCCCAGGCCCAGCCGCAGCCAUGAGCGGCCUGGUCUCGCGCCUGGACCCGCGGCGGGUGCCCUGGGGGGCCGCGGGCCAUGCCCUGCGCGCCCGCGUCCUGCGCACCAAGCCCGUGGAGUCGAUGCUGGAGGGCACAGGGACAGCUGCUGGUCAGGGGGCGCGUCUGGCCAAGGUCCUCACCACCCUCGACCUCAUCUCCCUCGGUGUCGGCAGCUGCGUGGGCACCGGAAUGUACGUGGUGUCCGGCCUGGUGGCCAAGGAGAUGGCGGGGCCCGGGGUCAUCGUUUCCUUCAUCAUCGCCGCCGUCGCCUCCAUCUUGUCAGGUGUUUGCUACGCUGAGUUCGGUGUGCGGGUCCCCAAGACCACGGGCUCUGCCUACACCUACAGCUACGUGACGGUGGGCGAAUUCGUAGCAUUCUUCAUCGGCUGGAACCUCAUCCUGGAGUACCUGAUCGGCACGGCCGCAGGCGCCAGUGCCCUCAGCAGCAUGUUCGACUCGCUGGCCAACCACACCAUCAGCCGAUGGAUGAUCAACAGCGUCGGGACGUUGAACGGGCUGGGGAAAGGAGAGGAGUCUUACCCUGACCUUCUUGCUCUGGUCAUCGCUGUCAUUGUCACCAUCAUCGUGGCCAUGGGAGUAAAGAACUCAGUGGGGCUGAACAAUGUGCUCAACGUCAUUAACCUGGCAGUCUGGAUCUUCAUCAUGAUUGCCGGACUCUUCUUCGUCAAAGCUGACAACUGGUCUGAAGGGCAAUUCCUGCCAUUUGGAUGGCCAGGGGUGCUCAAAGGGGCCGCGACAUGUUUCUAUGCCUUCAUCGGCUUCGACAUCAUUGCUACCACGGGAGAAGAAGCAAAGAGUCCCAACACCUCUAUCCCGUAUGCCAUCACGGCCUCACUCGUCGCAUGCUUGACAGCAUACGUGUCCGUGAGCAUCAUCCUCACGUUGAUGGUGCCGUACGAUGCCAUCGACACCGAGUCCCCGCUGAUGGAAAUGUUCGUGGCCCGUGGCUUCUAUGCGGCCAAGUUCAUUGUUGCUAUCGGGUCCGUGGCUGGGCUGACCGUCAGCUUGUUGGGCUCCCUCUUCCCGAUGCCGAGAGUCAUUUAUGCCAUGGCUGGCGAUGGGCUGCUCUUCAGGUUUUUGUCCCACGUCAGCUCCUACACAGAAACUCCGGUGGUGGCUUGUAUCGUCUCUGGGUUCCUCGCGGCUCUGCUCUCCUUGCUGGUCAGCCUGCGGGACCUGAUAGAAAUGAUGUCCAUCGGCACGCUGCUCGCCUACACGCUGGUCUCCGUCUGCGUCCUGCUCCUCCGAUACCAGCCCGAGAGCGACAUCGAUGGCUUCGUCAAAUUCCUCUCAGAGGAGCACACCAAGAAGAAGGAGGGCAUCCUGGCUGACUGCGAGAAGGAGGCCUGCUCCCCGGGGAGCGAAGGAGAAGAAUUCGCAGGCCCACCGACCAACACAUGUGGGGCAAAAAACCUUCCGUCGCUGGGGGACAACGAGAUGCUCAUCGGGAAAUCCGAUAAAUCCACCUACAGCGUGAAUCACCCCAAUUACGGCACGGUCGACAUGACCUCGGGGAUCGAGGCAGACGAGUCUGAGAACAUCUACCUCAUCAAGCUGAAGAAGCUGAUCGGCCCUCGCUACUACACCAUGCGGAUCCACCUGGGGCUGCCGGGGAAGAUGGAUCGCCCCACGGCGGCCACCGGCCACACGGUCACCACCUGCGUGCUCCUGCUCUUCGUCCUGAUGUUCAUCUUCUGCUCCUUCAUCAUUUUCGGGGCUGACUACAUCUACGAGCAGAGCUGGUGGGCUGUCCUCCUCGUCGUGCUGAUGAUCCUGCUCAUCGUCGUGCUGGUGUUUGUGAUCCUGCAGCAGCCAGAAAACCCCAAGAAGCUGCCCUACAUGGCGCCUUGCCUCCCCUUUGUCCCUGCCUUCGCCAUGCUGGUGAAUAUCUAUCUCAUGCUGAAGCUCUCCACAGUCACAUGGAUCCGAUUUGCCGUCUGGUGUUUUGUGGGUCUGCUCAUUUACUUCGGCUACGGGAUGUGGAACAGCACGCUGGAGAUCAGCGCCCGCGAGGAGGCCCUGCACCAGAGCACCUACCAGCGCUACGACGUGGACGUCGACCCCUUCUCCGCGGACGACGGCUUCUCCUAUGCCGCCGAGGGCGAGAGCUACCCGGGCUGGGGCCCCGCCGAGGACAAGGGCUUCUCGUACCAGCAAAUGGCGGGAGCAAAGGAAAGCCAUCGGACCAGUAGCAGAUCGAAAAGCAAAGGCAGGCACAAACCGCCCUCGGAAGCCCUGAUCGCUAACGACGAGCUGGACUACUCGCCCGAGUAGUGGGACGGGCAGGGGCAUGCCGCGCCACCCGGCCGGCCAGGAAGGGGCCCCGCGGCUCCCCUGCCCCAUCCCGUCCCCCGCCGCUGCCCCGUCACCUCUGGUCCUCGGGACACGCUCUGCGACCACCGCCGACCCCGAACCAAGCCCACCCAAGGGUGUCCCGGGCCGUGCUCCGGGGAACGCGGGAGCCCCGGUACCCACCGAGCCCCGGGCGGUACUGAGGGGAGAUGUGCCAAACCCAGAGGGCUCUGAGGGGUGGAAGGAGCCGCAUGGGGGGACGAGAUGGGGUUUUCCCGGGGAACACUCACCCUACGGCCACAGCGGUGCGAUGCCGCUCUUGCGUAUUUGGCACUUUCUUCGCACUUGUGGUUUUCCUUUUUUUCCUUGAACCGCUCAGCAGUGAUAGCUUAGCUAGAGGGGCAGGCGGGUGGGAAGCAGAGACGGACAAGCCUCUCCCCAGGGGUAGCUUGGAGCGAGAUGUCUCCCCCACCACAUGGCCCGUGCUGGAGCUAAGGCGCUCAGUGCUUGCAGCAGGGCUGCCCCUGUGUCCAUCCCCAGAUCCCGAACCCAAAGGUCCCAAAUACUGGGAUUCAAAGUUAAUCCAUAUCUUGCUCCUCUCUAGACAGCCUCCAACAAAUCUUGAAAUCCCAGCAGGGCCCAACAUCCCAUGUCUGAGCUUGGUCCUAUUUCUGGCCGCACCGCGGGCUGUGACCCGCUCCUGCCUUAGCCCACCUUGUGCAAGAGGUCGUUGAGCUCCACAGGCCGUGUCACCGAGGCUGGACGCUGUGCCCACCACUUGGUGUCUUUCACAAAAUGACCGACCCGUCAUUCCCUUCCCUAACAGUGCUGAGCACCUCUCAGCGCUCGUUCUGGCCCCGGGCUUCAGGGCACGUCCAUGCCCCACGGCUGCUCCUGCCCCACAAAACAGAAGGAGGCGGUGGCCCGUGGGGCAGAGGCUCUCAGCAGAUGGACAUUUCUCACAUUAAACCCUCCGGUACAGCCACAGCAUGGCCCCAUCCUGCUCCUGUCCCCCUGCAGCGCUGCCAGGAGAGGCUCUGGCCGUGGAUGUAAGUUUCCCACCUGCAGCUCCUGUCCCAGGUGGCUGCCAGCGAUAGCCCCUUUCCCAGUGAGGAACAACCUCCACUUCUGAAGUUUGUAACCACGGGAGGGCUUCAGGAUGGGAGCAAGGAUUUGGUAAAGGACCUGUAAGCAUUGCUCUGGCAUCCCCUCCCGCUGCCCGCCCCUGCCAGGCUUCUACAAGCAGAAACCCCAAGCGGCUCCCACCCAAAAGCUGUCGUGAUGCACGUAAGCGCUGCUAACCCUCUUGGGAAACUGCCCCGUGCUCAGUUCCUGUCGGUGCUGAGCCCUCACAAAGGUCGCUUGUGCUCCGCUGCUCUCCUCAAGGAUGCCUUAGAGAUGCCCAAGGGGGAGAGCCCCUCACAGGUCUGGCUUUAUCUCUGCUGAGAGGACGACUGAUGCUAAUUUCCUACCAGCUCUCCUACCAAACCAUGGGGUGGUUGUCCUCGUCCCGCUUCCCCACGGCAUUUAGGCAUCUGCUGGCCCACAAACACGUGCCCAAGUACCCUGUCGAGUCGAAGCCUCUUGUUCCUUGUGCAGCCUUAAUCUUCUGCUACAGAGCAGUUUCCAGUACCAGUGUCUGUCGUCGUGUCUCCCCGGGUAUCAUUUGGCGAGGGCCUGAUCCUUGCUCCUGGUGUCUGUAGGCACCUCUCCAUUGGAUCAACGCGUUGAGAGGGGCUGCUGGAGUCCUUCUGCAGCCCUUUACUCUUCCCCACCCUUUCUGUGUCCCCAUCCCUCCCUGGGAAGCUGGGCAGGACGGCCGCACCGCAUCCCCAGGACCACCAGGAAAGGACGUGUGGUGCCCGAGGUGCGGGUGGGCACCCAGGGGGUGUAUACGCAGUAGGAAAGCACGGGCAGAGCAGCGCCAGCACCACCACGGCCCCGCUCAGCACCCGGCCGCCCUGCUUGGGGCCUGGGGCAGGUGGAACAGAAAUACCUCACGCCUCCCACACCGGCUGGUCAGCCCUCGGUCCCACCAGAGACCUUCUCACGCCGCGGCCCAGCACGCCAGCAGCCUCCACGCCGCAGAGGAAUCACGCCCCGAGCCUGCUUGGGCAUCACGGAUCCGGCUUGUAAAUGGUCCUCACUCCUCUCGUUUUUGUUCGGUCUUUCUGGUGUAGAUCUUGCUUUCUUGCAGAUGGUACUUUCUGGUGUAACAGUUCUCCGCAGUUCUGGUAUAAAAUCGGUGUAUUUGUUAAAGGAGUUUGUUAUUUUUUAUUUAUUUAUUUAUUUUUGUGGUUUCCAACAGCCCAUUGGUGCACUGUACAAUGGGGUCUUGUAGUGUGUCAUGAGAAAGAAAAAAAUAUGCAGAUAUGUUAUGGAGUGAUUUUUAUUUUCAGAUGAUUGUGUUGUUGACAAAUAUACAUAUUAUAUAUAUAUAUAUUAUCGAGAUACUAAGAAAAAAUCUAAAUUUACCAAAAUCUGUAUAUUUUAAUAAAUGCAUAAAGCUUUAUUGUGUGCCUUUACAUUAAAACAAACAAACAAACAAAGAGGAACUAAUGGAUUUUUAAAGGAAGUCAGAGACAAAUGUAUCUUAGUAUCAACUUCCGUAGUAAUGUAAAUCUUUUAAAUGAAAGACUAAAUCAAAAAAAAAAAAGGAAUUUUCCCUUAUAAAUUUUGUUAAGCUGAUCAGUAUCUGAGGGUCCAAUAUAUUUUCAAUGCUAAAUUGAAAUUAUAGGUGAACAAAUCUUGCCUUAAAUGCUUCAAAAUUUCCUUUGUAGAAAAUCCACUUCAACGGGCUGACUUUGGUAUUUACUUGCACUGUUGUGAAAGA